GCUUUUUAUCCGAUAUCCCGACCAAGUUAUUAUUAUACGAUCAAAACAGUGAGGUAACUCAACUUUGAACAAAAAAUGGAAGCAACCGCCCACUCUCUUUUCCAUGCCAAGCUUCCAAAGCCUCCCACAAAUUUUUCAUCUCUUCCCUUCUUACAUUCUAAAGCUUCCUUUCUUGCCUCUACUUCACUCCCAUUUCACUCCUCUUCUAAGGGCUUACACUUGCAAGGCUUUAGCAUCAAAGCAAGGAAACAGAGGAAUCCUGGAGCUGUACAUGCUUCUGAUGAGGCUGAAAGCCCUCCAACAGAUGUUGCACAAAGAUGGCUUCUUGAACCUGUUGGUGAUGGAGAUUCAAGACACAUAGGCUUCAAAGUCAAAAUGCCAGAUGCAUAUGAAAUCGUUUCUAGCGAGGUGACUGUUGGCCGAGUUCCUGAGAAAGCGGAUUUGGUGAUUCCAGUUGCAACAGUAUCUGGUCUGCAUGCCCGCAUUCGGAAAAAAGAAGGGAAUCUCUUGAUCACAGAUUUGGAUAGCACCAAUGGGACAUUCAUUGAUGAAAAGCGGCUGAGUCCUGGAGUUGUUGCCAUUGUGUCAUCCGGAAGUGUCGUUACAUUUGGGGAUACUCAUUUGGCAAUGUUUCGAGUUUCCAAGCUUGAAAAUGUGGAAGCUGCAAGCAAAGCAGAAGAAUCUGAAGAUAAAGUAGGGUCUGAAAAACCAUCUGAGGCUACUGAAGCAAGUUGAAAUUGAGCAUAUGAUUGUAAAAUAUAUAAUUAGUGACUGAAUAAAUUCUAUUUUCUGAUUGGAAAUUUGAAAUUACUUGAAUUUUGUA